UGGCUCACAUUUCAACCUCAUAAUUGACGUACUAAAAAAAGAAGGGAUUGAAUUGUUGACUACGAUUGAACCGACCGAAGAGAUUGAAAUUGUUUAUUCUACUUCAAAUUUGUCUUUGAAUCAAAUAAAAAUUAAUAAGAUCAUGAUGAGAUAGCGGGAGGAAAUUACGUAAUUUCGUUGCCAGUUGAUCCGUCUAUUUUCCUCGCUCUAACUGGUUCGGUUAUCAUUCACCACAAUUCAACAUUGUUCCAAGAUUUGUUGCCGUUUGGAGCACCAUGGACUUCGAAUCAGUGGUUGAGUUUCUUGGAUGUGUUCCGCUGCUUCAGAGGCUGCCUGGCUCAUCUCUAAAGGCUAUUGCUGAAGUGAUUGUCGUUAAGCACUACGAGAGGGGAGACUAUGUUCUUCGCGAGGGUGAAACAGGAGCUGGAAUCUAUUUUAUAUGGGAGGGAGAGGCUGAAAUACUUGGUUCCGAUGAUGGAGAUGAAGAAAAUCGUCCGGAAUUUCAAUUGAAGCGUUAUGACUAUUUUGGUUAUGGAACCUCAUCAACUAUACAAGAAGCUGAUAUAGUUUCUUUGUCUAAACUGACAUGUUUGCUCCUACCUCGGGAACAUUAUCCAUUACUAAAUCCAAUGUCAAUCUGGAAUGCUCAUGGAACUCCUGAUACAUGUGCACUUGUUGAGAAAAUAUUGCACCUAGAGCCUCUGGAAGCAGAUAUAUUCCGGGGGAUUACUUUACCCGAUGCUCCAAAAUUUGGAAAGGUUUUUGGUGGACAGCUAGUUGGUCAGGCACUGGCAGCAGCGUCAAAAACUCUUGAUUGUCUCAAGUUUGUCCAUAGUUUGCAUGUAUAUUUUCUUCUCGUUGGGGAUUUUGAUUUGCCAAUUAUAUAUCAGGUUCACCGUAUGCGUGAUGGAAACAGCUUUGCUACCCGGAGAGUGGAUGCAAUCCAGAAAGGACAUGUCAUUUUCACAUUGCUUGCUUCAUUUCAAAAAGAAGAAGAAGGAUUUGACCAUCAGAUAUCAAAAAUGCCAUCCGUGCCAGCUCCAGAUACGCUUCUAUCUAUGGAAGACUUGCGAGAAAGACGACUUACAAAUCCAUCGCUUCCUAGGACUUACCGCAACAAGGUAGCUUCCAGGGUGUUUAUUCCUUGGCCAAUUGAGAUACGGUUUUGUGAGCCAAACAAUUCAACAAACCAGACCAAGUCUCCUCCCAGUUUGAAGUAUUGGUUUAGAGCAAGAGGAAAACUAUCUGAUGAUCAAGCCUUGCAUAGGUGCGUAGUAGCAUAUGCUUCUGAUCUGGUAUUUCUUUCAAUAAGCUUGAAUCCCCAUCGUCGGAAGGGUUUGAGGUCGACUUCCGUGAGCUUGGAUCACUCGAUGUGGUUUCACCGACCUUUAAGAGCUGACGACUGGCUGUUAUUUGUAAUACAAUCACCUACUGCCUACAAUGCUCGCGGUUUCGUUUCGGGUGAAAUGUUCAACCAAAAGGGCGAGCUUGUCGUGACGUUGACUCAAGAAGGGCUGCUUCGGAAGGCGAGAUCGCCAGAACCCGCUCCAACCUCGAAGUUAUGAAGUGUGUCAUCGAAUGUGGUAGCCUUCAAUCUAUACACUAUUCUACUUUUAUCUAUAUCAAUUUUGAAGUCCCAACUUAGUGGGUCAGCCAUGGAUGGUAGUGGAUAGAAGAAGUUCGUAGAAGCCAUAAAUUUCUCUUUUCAUAUUAAUUUUCCCAAUGUGUAUUUUUCUAAAAUCAUUCUAAUAAUUCAUAAUAAUUUAGAGAAAUAUACACAAGGAUCAAAGUUAUGGUAUUUCGUGUUUAUGUGAUGAUGUAAUAUUGUGUCUCCUCUCUCUAUUUUAUUUUUAGUUCAUUUA